AUGGCAAUUGAAAGUGUUUUGCACAUGAAUGGCGGCAGUGGAGAAUCUAGCUAUGCGAAUAAUUCAAGUUUCCAGAAAUCAGUGCUACUGAAGACAAAGCCUGUAAUAGAGGAUUCAAUCAAAGACAUGUACAUCAAUGGUGGCUUACCGGAGUGUCUCAAGAUAGCAGAUUUGGGUUGCUCCUCCGACCCAAACACUCUGUUCCUCGUCUCCGAGAUCAUCGACAUUUUUCAUGGCUUGUGCAAGCAACAUAGUCAUAGGGCUCCUGAGUUUCAAGUGUUCCUAAAUGAUCUUCCAGAAAAUGACUUUAACUCCAUUUUCAAUUCACUUUCCUUUUAUUUUGACAAGCUCAAGAAGGAGAAAGGAGACCUAUUUGGGCCUACCUUCAUAUUGGCAAUGCCAGGCUCUUUUUAUCAGAGGCUUUUCCCAAGAAAGAGCUUAGACUUUGUUCAUUCCUCCUACAGUGUUCACUGGCUCUCCCAGGUUCCUGAAGGGUUGGAGAAUAACAAAAGGAAUAUAUACAUGUCAAAGACAAGUCCUCCCGACGUGCUUGAAGCCUAUUCGAAGCAAUUUCAGAGGACUUCUUCACCUUUAUACACUUAA